AUGUUUUUCUCGCGAAAGCAAGCUGUCGGCUUUCUCCUUCCUGCUCUCGUGCGAGUAGAGUGUGCCACAGUCACGUAUGCAGUUCCAUCAUCUCCUCCGAAUGGGGCUGCACCGCUGGAUCCUGCGCCUGUGGGAGUAUCUUUUGAAUUCUUCGCCUUCCCUUCCUACUUCCUCAAUGUCAGUGCAACGAACCAAUGCUUGAAGAAUUUUCAAGACUUGACGGGCACAUGGCCUCCGAUCCGGAUUGGCGGCACGACACAAGACCGCGCAGUAUAUGAUCCCGCGAUUUCUGAGUACGUGGUGUAUACGGUCGCAGAUCCUGCAGAUGCACCAGAAGACCUGAAAUUCGGGCCUUCGUUCAUGACAUUGGCGGGGACAUACGAAGGUACGGUGGUAGUCGGUCUCAACCGCGGCAAAGACGACAUCGCCAACACCAUCGAGGCAGCCAAAGUGGCUACAGCCAAUAUCCCUAACCUGAGAGCCAUCGAGCUCGGCAACGAGCCUGAUUACUACUUAAGAAACGGCCAGCCUAUCGCCGUCAAAGCUCCAGCCUGGGACCCCUCUGCCGACGCCGCAUCGCAGAACGACUGGAUCCUUGAAGUCGGCGCGACUCUAGGCAUCAAGGCCCUCUUCCAAGCCGGCAAUUGGAACGAAGCGCCUUCAACCUGGGGCGCCGAAGGACUGAUCGCGUCGCAGAACGACAGCGUCAAAUCCUAUAUCCACAAUUACGCGCACCACAACUACCCCGGCGGCACGGUCGACUCGCUCAUGUCGCACACCCGCAUCGCCGCCAACGUGGACACCUUCGCGGCUGACAUCGCGGCCGCCACGUCCGCGGGCAAGGACUACGUCCUGGGCGAGACGAACAGCGUGUCCGGCGGCGGAGCAGCGAAGACCAGCCCGCUCUUCGGCGCGAGUCUGUGGACGAUGGACUACGCGCUGCGGGCCUCCGCGGCCGGGAUCAAGCGGACGUACUUCCACCACGGGACGAUGGGGAACUGCUACUACUGCUGGUGGGGCCGGCACGCGAUCGGGGCCCCCUACUACGGGGCGUAUGCGGCGACGAGGGCCAUGGCGGGUGGUGCGUCGAUUCACGCGCUGGACGCUGGGAAGGACGCGUUUGCGGUCUACGUCGUCUACGACAAGCAGGGGCGGCCGCUGAGAGCGGUGCUGUACAAUUCCGAGUUCUUUGAUGGGUCGGGGACGAGGGCUAGCCAGACGUUUGUGUUGAGUGGAUUGGGAGCUGUGGCGAGCGUGGGCGCCCGGAGACUGAGCGCCGCGAGUGCCAACGCGAGGGCUGAUCAAGGGGCGGCCGGGAGUGUUACGUUUGGGGGAUUAGAGUUUGCUGCUGAGACGUGUGUAUCGAGCGGCUCUGACAAGGUUGAGAAGGUUGCUGUCACCGGUGGGCAGGUCAGCCUGGACGUUGCGGCCUCUGAGGCGCUGGUGGUGGAUUUGCAGUAG